AUGCGUCAUGAUGCAGGACUUGCUCUUCCCUUCGUGACCACUGUCAACCAUCUUUUCGCUGCAGACCAUACCGCGCCAAAGUUGCGUUCGGGCUUAGCUUGCGCGCGGCUCAGCGGGCCUGCAGACCACCGGCGGCGGCGUUGCUCGCUGUCGCCUCGCGCGGCACGGACGCGUGCACCCAGCUUUGGACGGCAUGCCAGCAUGGACUUGGGGCAACCCUCAGACACGAAGACCGAGGACUCAUUAGGGAAAGAUAAGGCGGAGAAAGGACUACAAAAGAUCCGUAGGGCUUUAGUUUCUGUAUCGGACAAGGCAUCUUUGCGAGAGUUUGCGCAGUUUCUGGUUGGCCACAAUGUUGAAAUCAUAUCCACGGGCGGUACGGCAGAGAAACUCCGCGGCUAUGAUGUGCCCGUAAUAGAUGUCAGUGAGUAUACUAGCUUUCCAGAGAUUCUUGACGGGCGCGUGAAGACCCUGGUUCCUAAAAUUCACGGAGGUAUCCUGGGUGUUCGCGGUAACGCCUCACACGAAGAAGCGAUGAAGCUCCACAGCAUCGAGUACAUUGAUCUUGUUGUGGUGAAUCUGUACCCUUUCGAAGAGACGGUGCGAAACGACGGGAGCUAUGAAGCAUGCAUCGAGAAUAUUGACAUUGGGGGACCAACGCUCAUCCGAGCUGCUGCGAAGAACCACGCGAGCGUAACCGUCGUCACUGACGUCCACCAGUACUCAGACGUUAUGGCUGAUAUGAAUGAUCAUGAUGGGUGUACAACUUUGUCCCUUCGGAAACGCCUUGCGGCUGUUGCGUUCUCUCUCUGUGCGUCGUAUGACAGCUCGAUUGCGGCGUGGUUCAUGGAGGGUCUCGGGAAGCCGUUUCCGGACCGAAUUACGAUAAGCGGACGUUUGAAGCAGCGACUGCGUUAUGGAGAGAAUCCUCAUCAGCCAGCUGCGUUUUAUAUGGACAUGAGAGGAACGAUCUGUCCAGGCGUUGCAACGGCCGAACAGGUUCAGGGCAAAGAGCUUAGCUACAAUAACAUCCUGGAUACGGAUGCGGCGUUCCGUCUCGUGAGCGAGUUUACAGAGCCCGCAUGUGCGAUUAUUAAGCAUUCUAAUCCCUGCGGUUGCGCCACUGGUGUCUCGACCGAAGAUGCCUACCUGAGGGCUCUUGCCUGUGACCCGAUUUCUGCUUUUGGCGGUAUCGUUGCGUUGAACAGAAAGAUUGAUAAAGCAGUUGCAGAGCAGAUCACCAAGGCGUUCACUGAGGUGGUGAUCGCGCCAGAUGCAUCCGCGGAAGCUUUGGAGGUUCUUUCUGAGAAGAAGGCGACCAGAGUUCUUCUCACGGGAGCUAUGCCGGAUCCGCGGGCGCAACUGCAGAGUUUUCGAUCAGUCAUGGGAGGCUUUCUUGUCCAGGCUCUGGAUACGAAGAUGGUUACAACGGAGGAGCUCAAGAUUGUUACCAAACGCACCCCCACGGAAAACGAAAUGCGCGAUUUGCUUUUUGCCUGGAAAGUUUGCAAGCACGUCAAAUCGAACGCAAUUGUUUAUGCUAGAGAUGGAGCCACUGUCGGCAUUGGCGCGGGACAAAUGAGUCGCGUAGAUGCAUCGAGAAUUGCAGCCUGGAAAGCGCAGGAAGCCUCGCGCCAGGCCGAGGAGGAUACUAGUCGCACGGCUGGAUCUGUCGUCGCCUCUGAUGCCUUCUUUCCUUUCGUGGAUGGGCUUGUUGCCGCGGCGGAUGCCGGCGCAACCGCCGUGAUUCAACCAGGCGGGUCCAAGCGUGAUGCGGAGGUUAUCGCUGCUGCCGAUGAACGAGGGAUUGCGAUGGUCUUUACCGGUAUUCGACACUUUUUACACUGA